AUGGUCUUAGCCGUUCAAGAAGCAGCUGUUGUCAUCUGUUUUAUGACUCCAAAAUAUCAAGAUUAUCCAGCUUGUAAAAACGAAUUGCAAUAUGCCACUGUUCUGCGAAAACCGGUGAUUCCAUGUUUGUUAACGCCCGAUUGGCAGCAAAGUGAUCGGCUUGGUUUCAUAACAGCUGGUUUGAUUUGGCUCGAUUUUCGUGACCUAUCAGAAGAUAAUUUGGAAAAUAAAUUACAACGUAUGAUUGAAUUCAUUCAUAUUCUUUCAAACGAUGCGUUCAAAGCUGAUUCACAAAAGCCGGAGUGUCGAAAAAAUAAUUUCACAAGAACAACAGACAAUUCACAUGGUUUUAAUUGGUCGAGUCGGUUCUGGUAUAUAGAGCGUGACAUUGCAUUAGAAAACGAGGUUAAUUCACUUCUUUGUUUCACAGGUAAAAGUUCACUUGGUAAUACCAUUUUGGGUGAAAAACAGUUUGAUGUAUCUGUGCCAUGUUAUUCCACCAUCGGUGACAAAUGUAAAGUUGGAUUUCGUUAUCUUCAUCAACAAUAA